ACCCCUCUCAGCGGCAGGGGGUCGAGGGUCUGAUCUCCGUCGCUCCGAGCCGCUUCGACCACACCGCCCUCUUCACCGUGUUACAGAAACACACUCUGCAGCACCGCAUGAACGACUCCUUCUCCUGCCUGGGUUGGUUCAGCCCCGGGCAGGUGUUCGUUCUGGAUGAGUACUGCGCCCGGUACGGGGUCCGGGCUGCCACCGCCACCUGAGCUACCUGAAGGACCUGAUGGAGUACUCUGAGAGCCAGGUGCUGGUGGACCCCACGCUGCUGCACUACAGCUACGCCUUCUGCGCCUCGCACGUCCACGGGAACAGGCCUGACGGGAUGGGCACGGUGACGCUGGAGGAGAAGGAUCAGUUCGAGGCCGUCAGGAGUCGCCUCAUGGCUCUGCUGGAGAACCAGAUCACUCACUUCAGGUACUGCUUCCCCUUCGGACGACCAGAUGGGGCCCUGAAGGCAACGCUGUCCCUGCAGGAGCGGGUGCUGAUGAAGGACAUCACCACUCCGGUCCCUCCGGAGGAGAUGAAGAAGCUGGUGCAGAGGUGUCUGGAGAACGCAGCUCAGAUCAACUACAGCCAGCUGAUGGAGUACGCUCAGAUCACAGUGGACCCUCAGGCCGCUCCGGAGAAGCGUCUGGAGGACAUGCUGCGCCUCGGAGAGCUCUGUGUGGAGGUCCUGACGCAGAACGAGGAGCACCACGCAGAGGUACCACGCUGUUCAGAACCACUGAGGAACCAUCGGACAGGGCCUGGAGGACAACUGUAGUCUAUUUCAUAUCACACCCUGCCCAAAUAAUCUAGUGUGGGGAGAAGUAAUUAGAUCCUUCACUUAAGUAAAAGGGCUGUAAAAAUACUCAGUUAAAAAACCUAAUCACGUAAAUGUGCCUAAAGUAUUCAAAGCCAUAGUGUUUGCAGACGAUCCCUCACCAGCAACUCAAACUGAAAUGGAGAUGAUUAAACCGGAAGUUAUGCAAAACAGCACAGGGAUAAUGUUGUUGUGAUUUCCCAUUGCUUUUUUUAUUUAGCACUAUUUUUUGAUUAGUUAUUUUAAAUAAAAUAUGCAUAGUCCCCAAUAAAGAGGGGCAAACCUGAGUCUCCUGGAUAAACCAAAGAUACAAAUACUCCAAGUUCAAAGAACCGUCUCCAGCGUAAUCAUGAACAUGUACUAAAAGUAUUUAAGUAGUAGAACCUUUAUUUAUCCAGGAAAUUCAAUUCAGAACAUUCGAUACUUGAUACAAAGUCAUUUAAAGCGAGUGUUUGCAGACGAUCCCUCGCUGCUGGAAAACAUUUCUAAAAGUUAAAUGAUCCAAUGUAUGAAUGAAUUGAUACUUUAUGUACUUCCAGUCUUCUUCUCCUUAUGUUGAAUAUUCUUGAUUUUAAAACCAGAAACUAAAACUAAUAAAAGUAGAAAGUGGCAUUAAAACAAAAUGAUCAGAUACACAAUGAGAUCCAAAGCAAACAUGUUUGUUCCCUGACUCCUUAUACAACAGUAUCAUCAGUGACUUUAAAUACUAUAUGCGUGUACAAUAUAUACUUUAAUACAAAAGGGCGAUGCUGUCUUUGAGCCCCCGGGUAAACCAAUUGAUUAAGAUAUAAUACACUUGGGAAAGUUCAUAUUUGCUAAGUAUCUCUAUUUCCCUCUGUAUCUCCUCUUCCUCUCUCUCUUCCUCGUCCUCUCUCUCUUCCUCUUCCUCUCUCCCCCCCGCUGUGAUUGACAGCCGCAGCGUCUCUUGAUCAUUUCAUUAACUUUUUUGAUCACUUUUCGCCUCACUGUCCAUUUGUUUUCCUCCUCCCCCGCUCGCUAAGUGGCGGCUGACACAGGAAGUGGCGCUGCUGAUUCCUGCUCCCUGAACACACCACGAACACACCACGAACACACCACGAACACACCGCCCACGGCCCAUAUGCAAACGCCGCGGUGUUCAACUGAUCAAUCAUAGGUGUUGAGACGGAGGCAUCUGUUUCUCACAUUAAUAACACGCCGCUGCCAUGGAGACCGCGCGUCUCUGCCCCGCGAUGCUAACCACAAAUUAGAGGCUUUUUACCACAAGCUGUCACAGAUUAAAUAUAGAUAUGAUUCAUAAUUGUUUACUCGGUGACUGUCACGUCCUCGCUCCACUCCGUGUUGGUUUCUCUCAGUGGUUCCUCUCGAAGAAGAAGAAGAAGAAGAAGAAGAAGAGAAGAAGAAGAAGAAGAAGAAGAAGAAGAAGAAGAAGAAGAAGAAGAAGAAGAAGAAGAAGAAGAAGAAGAA